ACAAAAUCCACUUGUUGAAAAUCUUUCAAACAUACUCAUAUAUUUAAAUUGUCUGAUGAAAGAUUUUACUGGAUACAUUAUCUAUAUAUUUCUAUUUACGAAGUGCGUAUAUUGUAUUAAACUCGUACCUUCAACAUUUUGAAUUUAACAGAUUGCCAAAAUAAGAGUCACAUAAAAGAUGAACUCGGUGUUUGUUUUUGUAUUAUUAUACGUACUUCACUUCCAAUAUUGUGAAGGUCAGACAACAAAAUCAGUAUCAGCAAUAGAAGGUGUUGAUGUUAAUUUGUCAUGUGAUCUAACUGGCGUUUUUACACUUCCAACCUGGAGAGGUCCACCAGGUUUGUUAGUUUACACACUACAAGAUGAUGUAUCUGAGGCUAUUAAUCCUGUUGCACCCGCUGCCAGUAGAUUACAAUAUGCCAGUAAUAAAAAGGAUUUGGUUCUAUCAAAUGCAUAUACAAAUGAUUCUGGCAUCUACAGAUGUUCGUACACAGGAAUUGGGGAUCAUACAAUCACUUUAUCUGUAACAGCGAAAUGUCAGACAGCAGUAUCAGUAUCAGCAACAGAAGGUGAUGAUGUUACUUUACCGUGUACUUUAACUGGAAGUUUUACACUGCCAGUAUGGCGAGGUCCACCAGGUUUGUUAGUUUACACACUACAAGAUGAUGUAUCUGAGGCUAUUAAUCCUGUUGCACCCGCUGCCAGUAGAUUACAAUAUGCCAGUAAUGAAAAGGAUUUGGUUCUAUCCGAUGCACAAAUAAGUGAUUCAGGCGACUACAGAUGUUCGUACACAGCACUUGGGAACCAUACAAUUACUUUAACUGUAACAGCUGAACGUCAGACAGCAGUAUCAGUAUCAGCAACAGAAGGUGAUGAUGUUACUUUACCAUGUACUUUAACUGGAAGUUUUACACUGCCAGCAUGGACCGGUCCACCAAAUGCUUUAAUUUACACAAAUCAAGAUGAUCCAUCUGAGGCAAUUAAUCCUGCUGCACCGGCUGCCAGUAGAUUGCAAUAUGCCAGUAAUAAAAAGGAUUUGGUUCUAUCAAAUGCAUAUACAAAUGAUUCUGGCAGCUACAGAUGUUCGUACACAGCACUUGGGAACCAUACAAUUACUUUAACUGUAACAGCUGAACAAACUGAGAUUGUAGGAUAGAAUCAUCAGUAUGUUGCUUCUUCAAAAUGAAGAAAAAGAAUAUUUUAUUAUUAUACACAAAUCGGCACUGGAAAAUGUUUGUGAAUACUUUCAAAAGCAUAAUCAUUUCUAUAACAGAAAACAUACAAGACUAGAUAUAUAGAAUUAAGUUAUUGGGAUUUCGCCCUCGUUUUCAAGUUAUCGGCUUAUAUUUGUUUAUAUUCUAGGUCAUUUCAUGGGGAGAUAAUGAUGUUUCUGUUAUAUUCUAAGAUCAUGAAGGUUUUCAUUCUGUAGUUUUUAUUCUGUAAACCCAGCAUACGCUUUUCAGCAAAUGAUGUUUUGUAUUUUCUUUUUGUUCUUAUCAAUGCAUUUGCAACUGCAUGAUAGAAAUACAUUUUAUCUGUUAAUUUCACCAUUAAUAGGUGUGAGGGGUCGGGGUUAUCCUUUUUCAUACUUUUUUUACUAUGAUAAAUAAACAUGAGCAACAUAUUAAUGAAAAUAAAAUCAUUUCUUCAUUUAUGCAAUAAAAGAACGCAUAUCAUUCUACUUAUAAAUGUAAAAGUGAUGUAUUUGUUAAACAGACGCAGUUACUUUUGUCAUUCGAAUAAAUGCCACACAUUUCGCAUUCAUGAGUUUCAUCGUGAUUAUUUUUUUCAUAGCUAUUGCAUGCUAACCUAAGACUAUUUUAAAAACCUUUUCACGUUUUUUUUACUUGCAUAAAUAUAUAACAACUUUCAUUCAAAAACAAUUUGUCAUAUACAAAAUUCUUAUAUUGACAUGAUUUAUAAGAAAAUAAGUCAUCACAAUUAUGUUAGCUUUCUUUUAGACACUGAAAUAAGAUAAAAAUGUUAAAAUUGUUUUUUCAAGGACACAUUUAAUUGUUCACGAUUUUCAUCUUUAAGAAAAGAAGGAUAGCAAAUUUGUCGCUUUUGUUGUAUGAAUAAUUCGUAUCUGUAAUGAAGUCACUGAUAAUAUACGGAUCUUUGACACAGUUAUGCAUCUAAAUUAAAUGCCAAUUUAUGCUAUUAUUCUCCAAACAUAUGAGCCGCGUCACGACAAAGCCAACAU